AUUUCACGUUAGUCGAGCUACGCAGCUCAAAGUGUGAGGACGCUGAGAAUAACGCAAUGUUUGUGAAGUAAGAAGCAAGUGUUGGACCCAAAAUGCCCGGACUAAUUUCAGUGCCGGAGUUUGUCCGUGAGACUAAAGAGGACUACAGUAGUCCGACUACUUCGACAUUUGUCUCAAAAAUCCCUCUUUGUCGUGAAACUAUCGCAAAACACGAAGAGGCAUUGUCCCAGGAUAGAGAUGGUUUGGUCAAGCUGAAAACUACUUUAAAGGAUAUCUAUAAAUCAGGAAUAAACCACCAUGGAAUGGAGAUGGAGAUGACGAAAAUUCUGGAUAAAAUGGGAGAUACUGCCAUUACAAGGGAGGACGAAGAUGAUGAGAUAGGAGCAGCUUUUCAAAAAUUUGCCGUUCUCACCAAGGAACUGUCUUUGCUCAUGAAACAUUUGAUGACGAACUUGAAUACGAUUAUCCUCUACCCUGUGGAGAACGUACUGAAAAAUGAGAUGAGGGGGUCCAAGGGGGACCUCAAACGCCCGUUUGACCGAGCCUGGCGGGACUAUACUGAUAAAUAUAGUGAAAUUGAACGGACCAAGAAGAAACAGGCGGAAAAGGCGGGUAUGAUCCGCAGUGAACUAACGGCGGGUGAAAUCGCCGAGGAUUUGGACAAAGAACGCAAAUAUCUCCAAAUAUCGAUGGCAGAUUAUUUGUUGAAAUUAAACGAAAUCAAAUCAAAGAAGGGAAGUGAACUCCUGUCAACGCUACUAGAGUAUUAUAAAGUACAACUCAAAACGGAAACAUUUCAACAAGUCAAUAUACCCUGCACCAAGCUAAAGGAGAUGCAAAGUUUGGAGAGCCUCCAGCAUGAGGACGGAUCAACAGACUUCUCCGACGAGGAGACCCUAGAGGACGGACCUCGAACUCUAAACCGGACUCCGGACCGGAAGAACCGUCCUAUCUCCAUAUAUACCCCGGGCACCGCCGAGGACGAUUCACCGGAGAAUAACCGAUCUCCUGGGACGACCUCCGACUGGUCGAGGUCAAACACCUCCGAUUCUGGAGACUCUCCAGGGUCAUAUAGAACCUCAACAAUGCCUCCACCACCCCCACCUCAGUCUAAGAAACCGUCAUUAUGUUCGAAUCUCGCCAACCAUAUUGUUGGAAGUCUAAAGAAGGGAAAAUCCGCGAAUUCGAUCCCGCCUUCAAACUACGCAACUUUACCCAUCCACCCGAGCAAACUUGAUCCUAACUCACCCUCACCCGCCCUCUCCUUGCCCCCAGUUCAUAAACGGUCACCCAGCACAGACUCGGGCAACGCAGGGUCACGGUCAACCACCCCAGUUUCUUAUAGUAUAGUAGGUGGCAAGCACCUGAUAUCCCCCCGGGGAAAGAUGAUGCACACCCCCAUGAAGAGCUUCAUCGAGGAGAGGAGUCCCAUCUCCACCCCCAACAUCAAGCUCAACAACGGGCAGUCAACGGAGUCAUUAGAAUCAUUAACAUAUCAUUUCCAAGCUGAGUCUGAUUCUGAUCGUGAAGAAUGGAUGUCCGUCCUCCUCAACUCCAAGGAGAAGUCCUUGAACCGAGCCUUCGAGGACAACGGAAGGACGGGGGAGAACCAGGGCCUUGUGGAGUUCCAGAGAACCCUCGUCAACUAUAUCCGGUCCAUCCCGUCCAACCAAACCUGCUGUGACUGCGGGAGCGGGAACGAUGUGACCUGGCUCUCCACAAACUUCGGGAUAAUUGUGUGUAUCGAGUGCUCCGGAAUACAUCGGGAGAUGGGAGUUCAUAUAUCUAAGAUUCAGUCCCUCACCCUGGACCAUAUUGGGACGAGUCAGCUCCUCGUGGCCAGGAUGUCGUCCAAUCAGUCCUUCAAUAAAGUGAUGGAGUCCCGGACGAGUAAGAAGUUAAAACCGACAAGUACAAUUUCCGAGACCUUCCUUCACCUAGCAAUAUCCCAGGAAACUGGGUCUUCCCUCCACAUAGUUGAUUUUAUAGUACAAAAUUCAAGCAGUUUAGAUAGGAAAACAAAAGAAGGGAACACCCCUUUGCACUACUGCGUGAUACAGAACCAGCCCGAGGCCAUGAGGUUACUCUUGAGGUCGGGGGCUGCUGCUGACCUCCCAAAUAACAAUGGAAAAACUCCUUUAAGCAUUGCCAGAGAGCGAGGCUAUAAACUCUGCGAAGAAUUGAGAGAUAAUUAUCAACGAUACAAGAAGCGAUGUCGAGCCCUUUACGAUUGCGAGGCGGAUAAUGAGGAUGAAUUAACCUUCGAGGAGGGUGAUAUCAUCAUCAUUCUCGCUGAGGAGACGGAGGACGACAACUGGAUGGAGGGUGUCCUCGAAACUGAACCUGACAAACGCGGCCUCUUCCCUGCCUCCUUUGUGCAUAUGCUCUCAGAUUGACCUUCAGCCCUAGCGCGGGAAAUUGAAUGAAAACUAGAAAAUCCCCGAAAGUGCUGUAUGGAAAAUCCGCUAAUUCAUGUUGAGAGAAGAUGUGUGUACAAGAAAGAUUAUAUUUGGCUUGAGAUACGGCUGUGGUUCAUGGUUGAUGGUUGAUAUUAGUUCAUCUUCAACUUAAGAAUAGUUUGGGAUUGAUGACGGCGGAGGGAGUGUGUCAUGCCAAACCUUUACAACGGGAAGUGGUUUAUU